ACUUGAUGGCAGGCAGAAGUCCAGCAUCUGUGAAUGGGACUUGGGCUGAGCUGAAGGACUGCAAAGAGGAGAGUCGCUACGCAAAAGAUCUGCUAUGAUGGAAACAAUUUCUUAGAAGAAAAGUUGACUUCCAAACAGAACCGAUCUGUCUCCUCCUGGCUAAGCCUUUCUCCACCGUCUCCUCCCUAAUCAGGGCAUGCAACUUGCUUCCAAGAUGAACAGAACAUUGCCCCAGCUAAACUCUUCAGGAAGCAGCGAGAGCAGCUGUUGGCAGCUGGUGUCUGUCCUCAUUCCUCUAGCGUAUUCUCUGAUUUUCCUGGUAGGCACGGUGGGCAACUCUCUGGUGCUGGCAGUGCUGCUGAGGAACAGGCAAGUCAACAACACCACCAACCUCUUCAUCCUCAAUCUGGGAGUGGCCGACCUGUGCUUUAUAGUCUUCUGCGUGCCCUUCCAGGCCACCAUCUACACCCUGGAUGACUGGAUCUUUGGGCCACUCAUGUGCAAAGCAGUGCAUUUCUUCAUCUACCUGACCAUGUAUGCCAGCAGCUUCACCCUCACAACUGUAUCCCUAGACAGGUAUCUGGCCAUAAGGUACCCUUUGCAUUCAAGAGAACUGCGAACCCCCAGGAAUGCCCUCACCGCCAUUUGUCUCAUCUGGGGCCUUUCCUUCGUCUUCUCUGGACCUUACAUCAGUUACUACCAGGAGUUUCAGGUGGCCAAUGUUACCGUCUGCCAUCCCAUCUGGAAAGUCUCUCAGCGCAAAGUUAUGGACCUCUGCACUUUUGUCUUCAGCUAUGUCAUUCCUGUGCUGAUUCUGAGCCUCACCUACGUGAGGACCAUCCGUUACCUCUGGACGUCGGUGGACCCCAUUAAAGACAUGUCUGAUUCCAAGAAGGGCAAGCGCAAGGUCACUCGGAUGAUCAUCAUUGUGGCUGUUCUCUUCUGCCUUUGCUGGCUGCCCCAUCACUUGGUCAUUCUCUGCUUUUGGUUUGGCUACUUCCCACUGAACAAUGCAACCUACGUGCUUAGAAUCCUCUCCCACCUGAUUUCAUAUGCCAACUCAUGUGUCAACCCCAUCGUCUAUGCUCUGGUAUCCAAGCAUUUCCGUAAGGGAUUCAAGAAGAUCUUCAGUUGCCUCUUGCACAAAAGAGUGACCAACAAGGUUCAUGUGGCACAGGUGACUCACACAGUGAGCAUCCUGGAAGCAGAUCUGACAGAGGUGAUACACGUCAGUGAGCCCACGCAUGCCAGGGCCUCCAGCUGCUGUCAAAUCCCCAUUCAGACAUGGGGUGAGGCAGAGCAGCUGAGUCGCCAAGAGAGAGUCACCAACCCUUUCAUCACUUUCAAUGUCACUUAGAAAAAUGCAUUUUCUCUAGGCUCUAACCAAAGGAUGAAUUCCUUGACAACUGAAGGACGUACGGUUUUGAGAACAGAAGAUAGUGGCUGAAAACACAAGAACCAGCAGAUGGCUCCAGCCAAUGAUAUUUGAUUGUUCGUUGCUCCCUUCUCCACCAGAAGCCACUGCACUAUUGGAGACUCUGCAAGGCAAAGCU